GUUUUUAGUUGAAAUAUACAAAAAAAACUUAAUUACAGUUAAUAGAACAAAAAAAUACGUGAAAAUUUGUGUGAUUUAUGAAAUGCAAUGAGAUAAAAAGUUUAAAUAAAUUAUUAAGCAUACAGCAGAAGGCUAAUAAAAAGAAAUAUAUAAAGUAUAUGAUCAGUGAGCUAAAAAUAAAUAUAAUUUAAAAGUUUUUGGAAUAUUUGUUUUUUCUUCGUAAAACAAUUGCUUCAAUUGUGGCUUAAUAUCAUCUCUAUUAAGUACAAAACGCUAGUUUUAUGCUGCAUAUUAUACAAUAAACUGCAAUUUGGAUAAAUUACACUGAAACUAUAGAUUUUAUAAAAUCAACCUCAAAUGAGAAGCACAAGAUGAUUGCACAAUCAUAGAUAUAAAGAUUGAAACAAUAAAAAGAGUGAUCAGCUUAGUAGAUGUAAAUUAGCAGUAAUGAUGGAUAAGUGGAAAAUUGCAAUUUAUUUGUGCUUAUUCUUGGUGGCUUUAUCGCAGCUUAGUCAUGCGGAAACAAAAGCUUUUAUUCCUGGUGAUGAACUUGAGGGUCCAAAUGUAUGUAAAAGAAUUAUUUCUCAUAAUGUUACGGUAGUCGUAAAAGAGAUGGUUCCUUAUCAAGAAAGUAAAAAUGAAUGGUGUGCAGCAAUUCCACCAAGAUGUAGAAAAACUGUAAUUAGAUUAAAAGAAGUAAAUAAGACAGAAGUUUUAGAAAAGACACAAGCAAUUAGAGAGUGCUGUGAUGGAUAUAUUGAAAAUGAACAAAAGAAUCGAUGUAUACCUUAUUGUCAUCAACCUUGCGGUGAUCAUGGAAGCUGUAUAUCACCCGACAACUGUAAGUGUGAUUCUGGAUACGGUGGGCCAUCAUGUGAUAUCACAUGUCCACCUGGAAAGUAUGGAAAGAACUGUAAAAACAAAUGUGACUGUGCAAAUGGAGCUGAAUGUGAUCCAUAUGAUGGAUCAUGUCUUUGCAAGAAAGGCUUCCGAGGAAAUAAAUGUGAAAAUACGUGCACAUCAGAUAAAUAUGGAGAAAAGUGCCAGGAAAUAUGCCGUUGUAAGAACGGAGGAGUCUGUAAUCACAUAUCAGGUGAAUGCUACUGUAAAAAAGGUUUUACUGGACCUUUGUGUGAAGAAACGUGUAAAAUUGGGAAAAAUGGUGAUGAGUGCAAAUCUAUUUGCCGCUGUCAAAAUAGUGGUAUUUGUAAUGAUGAUUUAAGUUGUACGUGUCCUUUUGGUUGGAUUGGAUCGGUUUGUGCAAAUCGAUGCCAACCUGGUUUUUAUGGCUUAAACUGUAGUCAAGUUUGCGAAUGUUUCAAUGGAGCUUCUUGUGAUCAUGUCACAGGAGCUUGUAUCUGCGAGCCUGGAUUCAUGGGAGACAAAUGCUUAGAUCAAUGCCCAUUUAAUAAAUAUGGCAUUAAUUGUACACAAGAGUGUAUUUGUAGUAAUGGAGCUACGUGUGAUAAAGGCACUGGUUUUUGUCAUUGUGCACCUGGAUGGAUUGGAGAUGACUGCUCAGAUAGGCAAUGCCCAGAUGAUAAGUAUGGAGAAUCAUGUAAUGGAACAUGCGAAUGCGAAAAAGACAACACAGAAUCUUGCCAUCCACAUGAUGGAACAUGCGUUUGUAAAGAAGGAUGGACUGGAUCAACUUGCAAUCGACCAUGCCCAUUCCUUAAAUAUGGAAGAUCAUGUGCUUAUCAAUGUGAUUGCAAAAAUAAUGCACAAUGUCAGCCAACAAACGGAAAAUGUAUUUGUCCUCCCGGAUUCAAUGGCGAUAAAUGUGAAUCAGCCUGUCCAGACGGUUCCUAUGGCCAAGACUGCUCUCAAAGAUGUGAAUGUAAAAAUAAUGCUCAAUGCAAUUCCGAAACUGGCGAGUGUUUUUGCAAGCCAGGUUGGCAGGGAUUAAAAUGCGAACGACCUUGUGAAGUCAAUAGUUAUGGUCAAGGGUGCAGAGAGAAAUGUGAAUGCCUUAAUAAUGGUGCUUGCAAUCCAGUAACUGGAGAAUGCCAUUGUGCAAUUGGAUGGACUGGAAAUCAUUGCGAAAAUAAGUGUGAAGCUUGGACUUUUGGUCAGAACUGUUCAUUCGAGUGUAAUUGCGAGAAACAGAAUGCAUUAGCAUGUGAUCAUCAAUCAGGAAGAUGUUUAUGUAGAACAGAACAUCGAGGAAGUCAAACUAUUAAGUAUGCAGGCGUUAAAUGUGAAAGUACAUGCCCAUUAGGCUAUUAUGGUCAAGAAUGUCAACAUCAAUGCAAUUGUAAAAAUAAUUCAUCGUGUGAUCCAGUAAGUGGUGAAUGCUUCUGCGAUCGUGGCUGGAUGGGACGAACUUGCGAUGAAAAAUGUCCAAAUGGAUAUUUCGGUCAGAAUUGUAAAGAAAGAUGUCCAGAUAAUAUGCCUCCAAAAACAACAUGCGAUCACGUUACUGGAGAUUAUAAAUGCCGUCCUGGAUAUAUUGGAUUAACUUGUGAUCAUGCUUGCAAAACUGGAACUUAUGGAGAAGAUUGUAAAAACGUUUGCAAUUGUGUACAAGGAGAAUGUCAUCAUGUGGACGGAAUUUGUAGGUGCUUCCCAGGAUGGUGGGGUGAUGUUUGUGAAGAACCGUGUCCUGAAGAUACUUGGGGCACUAAUUGUCAACAUAAAUGUCAAUGUGCUAAUAAUGCACAAUGUAGAAAGACUGAUGGACUUUGUAUCUGCAAAUCUGGUUUUAUGGGUCCAAAGUGUGAAGAAGUCUGUCCUGAAGGAUUUUUCGGAGAUAAUUGCUUACAAGUUUGUACCUGUAAUCGAAAACCGAACUUUGUAUGUCAUCCAUCGCACGGCUGUGUCUGUAAAGCAGGCUGGAGAGGCAAAAAUUGUGACGAAUCGAUUUAUUCAGCUAGUACAGCAGAUCCAGAAGAAGACUUUAAUUAUACCGACAUUUUUGCAUCAACAAAUAAUGAAGAAAGUCAAACAGUUGAUUAUGAAGCAACAACUCAAAAUAUUAAUCUAGACACAGUUUCAACUGAAUUUAACAAUCAGAAUGAAUCAAGUUUAUCAGAAGAACAUAUAAUACCUACUGUUCACAACUUUAAUCAACCAGAGCCUACAAAAUUCACUUUUAUUGCAUUGGAACCGACAACAGCAACAGUAAAUGUCAUGACUAAAAUGUCAGCAACAAGUGGCAAUAUUGAAAAUGCUACACAAUUUACUUUUGUGCCUAUAGAAACUACAAAUGGCAAUCAACAAACGUCAUCAAUGUCCACAUUGUUUACUUUCGCACCAAUUGACUCAAGAACAGCAACAGAGUCCAUAAACAGUGGCACACAUUCAUCUUCUUAUUAUAAUGUGACUACAAUAGACGAAAAGCACGAACAGAAAUGGGAGGCAACAACAACAACAACAGUAAAUUUAGAGUCAAGUUCAAUGGCAAUAAACAUGAAUAAUGAAAGUUCGUUAACAUCGCAGAAAUCUGGCAAUGAUCACGAUCUUACUACAAUUUAUGAGCAUAUUAAUUCUGAUUUAGACACAACAACUGUUAAUUCAUUAGAAAAUGUCAUAUCAACGCCUUCGUUAUCUGAAAAUUUUACGAGCGAUUCAAUGAAUUUGAGCACUUCCACGAAUGUUUAUGAUAUUGAUAAUACGCAAAGUAAUCAAGAUAAAUCAGGCGAAGAACACUUAACGAGUUCUAUGGAAAUUACAAAAGUAUCAGUUCCGUAUUUAUUAACUACUGACUCGAUUCUAAUUAAUUCUACUGCAAUAAAUCAUGAUCAAGAUCCCAAAAGUAGUUCCAGUAAUCCAAAUGUUGGCAUCGAAACAGACAUCAAUUUACAGAUAAAUGUUUCAACAGAAGUAGCAAAUAAUCCUUUAACAAGUUUCGAUACAGACUACUUAAAAGAUCGCAAUGAAACAGCAAUUUACAGCCAUGAAUUAAAUGAUACAGUACAGCCAUCAAUUUCAAAUACCAAUAAUCAGAUUAUAAACAAUACAAAAGUGAAGGUCGAUGAAAGUAAUGAAAAAGAUUUGAGUGGAAUUGAAAAGAACUCAACUGGAACUGGACCAAAUGAGACAGAUGUGGAUGAAACGGCGCAAAUGGAAUUAAAGAAAGAGGAUAGACAUCAGCAAGGUGAAUUAGAGAGGAUCCGCACAGUUGUUGUUUUUUGUUUCCAGCACAUGAUUUGAUGCAAAAAAUUCUCAUAAAAAUUCAUCCGUACACAAUAAUCGUAUACAUUAAUUUAGUUCAAUUUAAGCCAAUCAUUGUUGAGUGGUUCAUAAAUGACGUCUAUUAACUUAUGAAACUAGUAGACGUUAUUGAUGAAAGAACACAAGCGCAUUUCCAAAAAUAUUUUUUGACCGUUAAUUUUAAGUUUUUGCCGGCUAGUUUUGACUUAACUCUGUUUUAGGAAAUGCUCUUUCAUUGGUCACAUGCUGACCACGAUAGUAUUUGUAAAUUGUUUGUAAAACGUGACACUUUAAUUAAUUAAAAAAUUGUUUCUCUCUUUCUUUUUAGUGAAUCGUUCAGGAAUGAUUUGGGCAAUUUUCUGUACGUUCUUGUUCCUUGGAAUUAUUGGAAUGCUCCUUUUGUAUUAUCGAAGACGUGUAGCAAAUUUGAAAGCCGAAAUUGGACAUGUUGUGCGGUACAUGAGUGACGAUCCAGGCAGAAAUUUCGAUAAUCCUGUCUAUUCUUAUCAGCCAAGUGUCAAUACAGACACAUCAACACUUUUACAUCGUAAUGGAAUGAAUAAUUUAAGACAAACAAGACCUAUGAAUAUAGCACUUAAUAAUUUUGAUCAAGAUUCAAAUUCGAGUGGAAGAGCUGCUCAAUAUUCAUUGCAAUAUGAUGCAGAAUUAAUGAAUCAAAAGAAUCACGAAGCUGAUCAAACAAAUCCCAACUUUUAUUCAAGUAUUGAUGAUCAUUUAUAUGAUGAAAUUAAACUUAAGUGUGCAGAUCUCGAUAUGGAAUAUGAUCAUUUAGAUUAUUCACGUCCACAACAACCAAUAGUUCCGCAUUAUCAUCGAGCAACAAGCUCAACAAUGUCAACAUUAAGUCAACGAAAUCGUGAAUCAGAUCAAUCGAAUAAUACAUUUCCUAGUAAUUUAGACAGCACGUAUGAUGCACCAGUUCCACAUCCAAAAAAAUUAAACAUUUCAGUUCCUCCUGAAUUACCUGCUAAGAAUAUUAACUCAAAUCUAACACCAUCGCCGUCAUCGAGUACAGCAUCGACUGUGACACAAGAUGACAACAUUGAUGCCAUUAUUUCCAUUGAGAAACCAAUGAAUAAGGAUUUGAAUUCUAAGCCUGAUGUGAUGAAUCAACAGACUGAUAAUUAGAUUGUGGAUUAAGUAAAAAAAAUAUUAUCGAUGCUAAGCAGCGAUACAAGGAAAAAUUUGUACAAAAGCAUGUGAAAAAGUCAUUUAUGUCCAAAAAGUUUCAAUUAAAUCGACAAUUUUGUGCUCAAAUUUUUUUACAAAUACAUGACAGAAAGUUUUUACGUGCUUUAAGGCAAUUUUACUGAUUUCUCACACAAAGAUGUUCGCAUUUUAUUUAUGAACACAUUUUACAGUACUAUUUUUUGCUUAGUCAAGUUCAUUAACGUUAAUCCUGUCUAUAAAUUGUGUUUUUUGUGUGUUUUAAAGUUUAACUUAUAAAAUUCUAUUGUACAGAAGUUAAAAAUAUAUCAGAAAAGAUUAAUGGAUGUGCUGAUAAUGUCAUGACAGCUGAAAAUUGUCGCUAAAAUGGAACCUUAUAAUUUCAAAAGCCACACAAUUUUUUUUAAAGACGUACAAUUCCAAAUUUAAUGAUUUUUAUUUUUAAAACCUUACAAUUCCUGUAUUGAACAUUUAUAAGGUUUUCAAAAGGAAUUGCUGGGUUUUGAACUUAAGAUUUAAAUUAAACUUAUCUAAUCAUAGAUUAGCUCUAAUCCGGAUUUAUUUUAAAUCCUCAGAUUUAAUAAUUUUUGAUACUUAAAUUCUAAAUCAAAAUGCAGCAAGUAAGAGCACCUAAUAACAAUCAUAAGCAGCAAUAAUUUUAUACAAAUUAUUAAAAAACCAUUAAGUUCUGACAUUAACAGCACAUCCUAGAAAAAAAAAUGUACACCAAUAAUUAGAAUGUCAAUCUUUAUAUGCCUUUCCAAUGCGUAUUCUCUAAUAUAUCGAUUAUAGACAAUAAGUAAGUCUUAGUAGUGUAUAUAAUAAUGUGAUAUGAAAAAAAUAUAUAUUUUUACUGCUCAAUAUUAACUAAAUCAGUACAUAUCGAGUUUUAGGAUGCCGGUUGAAUCAUGUCAAAUGAAAUUUUAGGCAAAUUGUUACUAAAAUGUUCAAAAUUUAUUUUUUAAAGUUAAUUUUUGGGAAAAAAAUUAUGAGCA